AUGGCAGUUAUUCUGCAGGAGGUUUCCGACACCGACAUCGCGCGAGGCUGUGAGAUCGAGUCUCUAGCUUUCAAAGAUAACCCUCUCGGCCCCAUCCUAAACCCAGAUCCGUUUCCUCCGGGAGCAUCGCAACAAAGAAUCCAGCAGAUCAUUGAUAUGAGGAAGAACGAACCUACUGUCCAAUUAAUUCAGGCUUUCGAUGAAGAGACUGCUCAAAUGGUAGCAUGGGCGAAGUGGCACGUCUUCGAAACCGCCGAGGCCGCACUCGCUUCGUUCCAACCUCUGCGCCUUGGACAUGGAAUGAAUGCGGAAGCCUGCAAGGUUUUCUUUGAAGGAAUGGCAGAGCGGAGGAAAGCGAUCAUGGGAGAGAAGCCGUACCUGUUCACUUCCGGCGAAGGAACCUUCGAUCCAGACCAGGUAGUAUCGCAAGCCUACCACGACGCAGCUGAUGCGAGUAGAAGCUCUGCUGAUACAUCGCCUUUGCAAAGGAUACCCAGAGACGACGAUGUUAGCCUGAGGACAGAAGCUUUAGACCGUCUGAGAUGGAACGUCCUCGCCUCACCAUCGACAGUCGAAGUCGUCGACCUCAACGAAGCAAGCGAGCUCAACGAAGCAAACGAGCUAUGCUGGAAACUCCUGUUAGCAGAUCCCAAGCAUCCUCUAGCCGAAGACCCAGUAACCUCACCACCAAGUUCCCGCAUCCAUAUCAUGCUAGCCAUGAUCGAUCACUGGGAAUGCUUGGGUAUGAUCGAUGAGAGUCCACCGCCUUUACUCAUUCAUAACACAGACAGACGAGCUAUCACUGUUGAGCAAUUUGUCACAGAAGUUUCAGCAUAUGCGAAAAGCUUGCGAGAGUUCAUUGACGAGAUUGAGAACGUGAGUUCGGCGGCGGAGAAGGAGAGCCGUUGUCUUUACUAUGAUUCAGCUGAUGGAUUGGAGAGCCUGGAUAGUGGUGGCAUGGAAGAUGUCUUUCCUCUUCACUUCAUGUCCAGCCGGUCAAAUUCAGCGGAAGAGUUCAGGAGAGAAUGGAUGAAAAGAGAAACGCUGUUCAAAGAACACAUGUCUUGCAACCCUACAAAUGGAAUCCACAUCGCGCCAGGGUCGAUAGAUUUCGCCGAGGCAAGUAGGAACUUCCGCCUCCUUCCUGAAGAGGUUCCUCGUGAGGAGGAGAGCCUCUUGCACACGAGUGCUUUAGACCGCCUACGUUGGGACCUACUCGCCCCACCAUCUACCGUUCUAAUCAUCGACUCCAAUGAAGAGGGCGAGCCGAGCUGGCGGCCGAUGCUGGUGGAUCUAAAACACCCUCUAGCUGAUGAAGCUGUUACCGAAGUACCGCGUUCACGAAUGUGUGUAGCAUUUGACAUGGUCGAAGCUUGGGAGUGCUGGGAGAGGUACGAUGACAAUCCACCCCCACCGCCUCUUCUCAUCGAGAAUUCCGAUGGGAAGGCCAUCACUAUCGAGCAGUUCAUCGUCAAGGUCUCCCAAUACGCUCAGAGCUUGCGGGAGACGAUUUUCGAAUGUGAGGGUCGCGCUCUGUCGGGGUCCGAGGGCGCGUGUCUUUGGUUCGAUGCGGCAUUUGGACCGAAACGGAAGGAUGCCGAAGAUCCAGAUAUCUUGUUCCUCGUCGGAUUCACGUCCAAUUUCUGGUUCUCAAGCAGCCAAAUUGAGGCGGACCAUGUUCGGAAGGAGAAGAAAUUUUUCGAACGAUCAAGGUAG